UCCGUGCUGGGGGUUGGUGGCGCGGUGCAGAGCUCUUAGGAACCAACAGCUUUGGCACGGGUAAUCAGCUCCUUUUGCUCCUUUCCCAGCUUCUCUUAGGUACUUGGGACCACCGCGGAGUUUCUUGUCCCGUUGCGGACGCCGGGUCGUGCAGUGUCUCCCCACCAUCCUGCUCCUCUGCUGCUCCGACUGCUCCCGCGCCCAGACUAGUAUCCGGUGACUGUGAUUUGCAGGGUCCGCCAUGGAGCCAGAGCAGAUGCUGGAGGGACAGACGCAGGUUGCAGAAAAUCCUCACUCCGAGUACGGCCUCACAGACAACGUGGAGAGGAUAGUGGAAAAUGAGAAAAUUAAUGCAGAAAAGUCAUCAAAACAGAAGGUGGAUCUACAAUCUUUGCCAACUCGUGCCUACUUGGACCAGACAGUCGUGCCUAUCUUAUUGCAGGGGCUGGCUGUGCUUGCAAAGGAAAGACCACCAAAUCCCAUUGAAUUUCUAGCAUCUUAUCUUUUAAAAAACAAGGCACAGUUUGAAGAUCGAAACUGACUUAUUGGGAAGAAAAGAAAAAUUUGGUUGCUACUGUAGAUUACGUGAUUAAGAGGCAGCUUUAAUUGCCGUGAUUUCUCCCCCUUUUGGAAGUUUAAGAGCCUUCAGGACAACAGAACUUAUUUCCGGAUUGGCAGAAGAGAACUUAUUUCCCUUACUUGAUUUAAUCACCAUACUUAUUUAAUGAGUGUCUUCUGUGCAAUUUUUUUUCUUAAAUCAUCUUUGUUUUUAAAAAUGACCUUCAAAAUAAACUGUCAAAAUGCCA